AUGAGCCGAUUUAAUCAAGUGUCCUCUGUUCAAGAGUCCAAAUUCAAACCUCUUGAACACUAUGGCGCUGUUACUGCUUUAAAAAUUUACAAAAACUACAUUAUUGCUGGGUAUGGACCAACUUUGAAGAUCUUCGACUCUUCGCUGAAUUUCUUGCUAAUUUUCAGCAGACAAAUCUUCGGAAGGAACAAAAUCCAUUCGAUAUCUGUGUCAGGCAGUGAUAAUGAGCUGAUAUUUAUUGCUGGAGGUAGAUCUUUUGCAAUUUUAAAUUUGAAUAAUCUCGAGGAUAUUGAUGCUAGCGAGACAAUAGAGCACGCUAUCAAUGAAUGGAUUGUGUGCGGCCAAUUUCUUGACCAGAAUACCCUUUUAGUCUUAACUGCCCAUAAUAUCAUUUUCAAGAUUAAUCCGGAAACAUUUGAGUUCAUUGAAAAGAUACACUGUAACGAAAAAUCCAUCUUAUAUAGUGGAUCUAUCCGUAUAACUGAUUCUGGCCAAGUCAUCAUAGCUGCCGGGACAGUAAUGAGUGGGGUUUUAAUUUGGGAUUAUCAUUCAAGGAGAGUCUUGUACAAUUUGACAGACCACGAAGGUUCAAUCUUUGGAGUUAAAAUUGAUCCUUCAGCCAAUUUCAUUAUCUCUUGUUCUGACGACAGGUCGAUCAAAUUGUAUGAUUUCCAUACUGGGAAGCUUUUAAGCACAGGAUGGGGCCAUGGUUCCAGAAUUUGGAAUUUAGAGUUCUGUACUGAAAUAAACGGUACAUUGAGAUUAUUCAGUACUGGAGAGGACUGCACUGCCAGAUUAUGGGAGUAUUCUGGAUCGGAAUCAUUAAAACUUGUAAGUGUAAUGGACUGCCAUCUUGGUAAGCACGUUUGGUCCGGUGAUAUUGACGAUAAGUCAUUAGAACUUUGCGUAACUGGAGGUGCUGAUGGGAGAAUCAUUAUCCAUGAUCUUUCGGCAAAGACUUCGACCAUUAACUCUGUAACUUCUAGCCACACAAUGGAUGACAUUGCUAAGCAAACAGGUGCAACAUUCGAGAAGAAGGAGUUGAUUAAACAAUACUCUGAAUUACCUCUCUUGAACAUUCUUGUUAUCUUGACAUCCAAGGGAAAGAUAUUCACUUUAAACCAAACGUCACAAAAAUGGUCCAAAUGUGAAACACCCCAAUCGACGGAGAAAUUAGGAGACUUUGGUCUUAUGAAAAGCUUCCCCGAGUCUAAUGCUGUUGUUGCUACUUCAAGAAAUGGAGAUAUCUUAGUAAUGAACUUUGAAGGAAGCAAUGUCCUGAAGAACUACUGGAUUGAAGAUGAAUACCUCUUAGGCAAUAAAGUUGCAAAUCUCAUAAUUGAAUCCAAUUUAGCCAAAAAUGAAUACUAUGUGUUAAUAGAUUGUCCUAACCCAAAGUCUCCAUUAGUACUUAGAACAUUCAAGCUCGAUGAGGGAACAUUUAAGCUUCUGUCGACUAAUCUUUUACAACAGCCAGAUCAACUGAGCUUUACUACAACUUGCAUGUGGAAAGAUGAAGUCAACAAUUGGCUUUUAUUAGGUUCAAGAUAUGUCAGUGUUGCCAUUUAUGACUUGGAUAGUGAAAAAAAUAAAGAUGGCCAUAUUAAUUUGGGUCAAAUUUUCAAGAAAUUAUCCAUCGGAGAUACAAUUACAUCAGUAUCUAUAAUAUCAACCAAAAAGGAAGCUGUUCGGUUCUUGAUGACUGUCAGAGAUGGUGUAUAUAUGUACAUUGAUAUUGUAUUCGAAAAUGGCGACUUUCAGUUAAACAUUAUUCAUCACAACAAAAUUUCCAGAGGAUUCGUGGAAGGAGGUUUUAUAGAAAAUAAUGAUUUAAUCUUAUACGGGUUCAGAUCUUCGUAUUUUUACGUAUUCAAUGAAUCACAGCAACUAGAAAUAACUAAUGAACUAUGUGGUGGUGCCCACAGACAAUGGGAAUUUUUAAGGUACAAGGAAUGUGAUCCUCUAGAUUUUAAAUUUAUCUACAUCAAUAAAUCUACCCUUCAUAUCAAAUGCUUCCAGAACAGAUUUCACAAGGUGGCAGGUGUCACAGGAGGAAACAUUAUAAAUUAUGGAACCCAUGGAAGAGAAAUCAGGGAUGUCUCAGUUUCGCCGGCUUAUCAGAGUAAUAAUUCUGAUUCAACAAGACUCAUAAUGACCGCUUCCGAAGAUACAAUUGUUAGACUUGGAAGGAUUCAUUUUAAUGGUAAAAUUGAAUCCUUCUGGUGUCUCAAUGGACAUAUCUCUGGUUUGCAAAAAGUCAAGUUUUUUACUAGAGAAUAUGCUGCAAGUUCCGCUGCUAAUGAAGAAUUUUGCUUAUGGAAAAUAAAUGAAUCUGGUGAUAUUCCUUUAGUAGUGGAAUUUGCAAGACUCAAACCAAGCUCAAGCAAUCCUGACUUAAGAAUUAUGGAUUUUGAUGCAAUUCCUCAGUUUGAUGAAGGAGGACAAGUUAUAGGAUUUAUUUUAUGUACGGUCUAUUCCGAUUCAAAUAUCAAAGUAUGGUUCUUUGAUGUGAGCAAAAAAUCUUUCGAUCUUUUAGUGGUAGGAAACUAUACAACUUGUUGUAUUUUGAAUGUACACUUCUUAACUAUUGAAGAAAAGACAUUCAUCAUGAUUGGAGCAACUGAUGGUCAUAUUGCAUUAUGGGAUAUUGGAAAUCUGAUAACUGCAAGAACUUCAACGUGCGAUACUUUAGGAAAUCCAAUUAUUAAACAGCAACUUCAUCAGUCUGGUAUCAAAGCUGUUCUAUUAUUAAACAAAAAGGAUAAUGAUUAUUCAAUCGUAACAGGGGGAGAUGAUAAUGCCUUAAUCUUGUCAAAAUUAACUUAUAGAAGCGAGGAAGAUGGAUUCUUAUUAGAAACUGAAUCAUUUAUAGAGAGGGCUGCAUCUGCAACCAUUACAUCUAUCUCAAAGUUAGAUGAAUCGAAUGUAAUCGUCACAUCAGUAGAUCAAAUUGUCAGAAGGUGGGCAAUACAAGAAGACUCGAGUUUAAAGUGUAUAUCAGCUCGUUAUACCACAAUAGCUGAUACAGGUUGCAGCGACGUCGCACAUUUCGGUGGUAAGAGCAUUGCUGUUAUUGGAGGUGCUGGUUUGAGCUCGUGGGAAUGUAAAUAG